AUGACGUCCCCCAAGCGAGGGCCCGAUGCCGACGGCGGCCUCGGCCCAGCAACUCCAGACGACAUCGCGUCGCCUCUUCCGAAUGCUCCUCCUACCUACGCAGCCUUUUCUCCCGCUACCCUGUCCUCGAACCCCGCGGCCAAGUCCUCCUCCAAGCGCCGCUCCACCAUCCUCAGCUUCGUCAUGUUGCUCGUGUUCUGGGCCGUCGUGCUCUAUGGCGACACCGUCAUCCGCAUGGCCGGUCCCAUCGUCGUUGUCGUGGCCCUGAUCCUAGGCAUGUACGGCCGCAGGUUCAGCCCGCUGAGCACCAGCGGGUGGAAUGAGCCCGCGCAAAAGGACUCAUCUGCUGCCGCGGGAUCCGCUGCGCCUACUGGCCGGCUGCAGAAGAAUGGCGGCAAGCCGGCCGCGAACGGUGGCGCCGCCAAGCUGGGACACACCAGGGGAAACUCGGAAGUCACGAAUACGCGGCACCAAAAGACGUUGGACGAGAUUGUCGAGACACUCAAGGAGUUUACCGGCCGGUGCAACAUGCUGUUGGAGCCCAUGAUCGAAAUGACGGACUUUCUCAGCACUCAGCAGACGCCUACCUCGGCGACUACGAGGCCCGCCCUCACCACUAUGUUCAUCCGAAUUCUGUUCUGCACCCCCUUUUGGAUCGCCCUUACCCUACCGCCUCUACGCAUUAUCACGACGAGGCGGGUGAUGCUCGUCUUUGGCACGCUUAUCCUCAGCUGGCAUGCCCGGUUUAUGCGAGUGGCCCGCGAAGUCUUGUGGAGAAGCUCCAUGGUCCGGCGGCUCGCCGCGCUCCUCACGGGCAAGGACGCGGGCGUCAAGUUUACCUUUAUCAUUUUCGAGAACCAGCGCCGUUGGGUCGGCCUCGGCUGGACCACGAGCCUGUUCGCCUACGAGCGCAGCGCGUGGACCGACGAGCACAACAACUCGGUACCCUCGCGAGACUCCUUUGAGCUGCCCGAGACGGAUGAGGGUAGCCUCAUGCACUGGCGGUGGGUGCGCGGUAGCAAGUGGAAGGUGGAUGGCGUGCCGGACGAGGGCAAGGAAGCCGUUGAUUACGACGGCGAUGAAGGGAAGAAUGGGUGGGUGUAUUACGAUAACAAGUGGCAAAAUGGUUACCACCUCCAGCAGCCCUCCCACCACCCCGCCAGCGACAACAACGACAACCCCGCCGACGACUACGACAACAACGGCACCGGCCAAACCACCAAAGAUCCAGGCCUACAGCACUACGGGGAGAUGAUGGUGUCGCCAAUGGCCAGCGAGUUUGGCAAAGCAUCCUCGUCUUCCUUCACCUCCACUGCCGCUACGCUAACCCCCGUUCAAGAGACGGAUGGUGCCGCCGACGCUGAGAGCGACGCCACCGCCACCGCCAACGGAGAAGCACACCACGCCAACGGCAUCUCCAUCGCGCAUGGCGGCAAUGCCAAACGCGGGGGCGAGGACGGCAAAGAAACCAGCGACACGUCUUCCCUACACUCAACGUCGUCGUCUUCGCGGUCCUUUUUCCGCCCGGGUUCCCUGCGCCGUAAAAUCACGGAUCGAUCAUCAACCUCGGCCGUCUCUUCCACUACGGUGACUUCCUCGUCGUCGGCCCCACCCGCCCCCGGCGCGCACUCGGCCGGCCGGGAUGGUCGGACCCAGCAGCGGGCGAGACGGCCAAGCGAGGCGCGCAGCGAGACGCGGGGCGAAGAAGAGGUGUCGGGGCUAGGCACCGCGGUGGACAUUGCGAUCCAUGAUGAGGGCAAGGGGUCCUGGGGUAUCGGGGACGAGGCGCGCAUGUCCCUUGAGUAA